AUCCCUCUAGCGGUGUCGCCCCGGAAGUGCUGAGGAGACGCUGUGCGGCUGGAGCGUCACCCCGGAGCCCGCUGUCUUACCUCCUCUCCUCCCCUCCUCUCCUCCUCCUCCUCCAUACUGCCUCCUCUCCUCCUCCUCCUCCUCCAUACUGCCUCCUUCCUCUGCACAUCUGCGCGUCUCGGUCUCCGCCCGACCGCCUUCAGCACAAACACCUCGCAUCUUUGGCUGGUGAAAAAAGAUAAAGAUGGUUAAACUUGGGAGUAAUCUACAGGACAAAGGGAUUAAAGCAGUGAAUGUUGAAGAUGGAUUUCAGACUGUUCCCCUUAUCACGCCCUUGGAUGUUACUAAUCUUCAGUAUCAAGCACCAGACAAGGUUGUAGUAAAGACAAGAACUGAGUACCAGACAGAGCAGAAGAACAAGGCCAAGAUGAAGGUGCCUAAGGUGGAGGAGUACACCAUAAGCUUCACUGAUGGGGUGUCAGAGAGACUGAAGGUCACAAUCCUAAUUGUACUGGCUUUGGCUUUUCUUGCCUGCAUAGUAUUUUUAGUGGUGUACAAGGCAUUCACUUAUGAUCACACCUGUCCAGAUGGCUUUGUGUACAAGCAUAAGAGAUGCAUCCCAGCAUCCCUUGAGGCCUACUACACUGCACAGGAUGCUCACUCUCGUGGCCGCUUCUACACGGUGAUCAGCCAUUAUAGCAGCAUGGCUAAGCAGACCAUGUCACGCUCUGUCUCACCAUGGCUUCCAAACGCUAAUGUCCAGCAUGACGAUAAACCACCCAAUCCCGUCAGCCAAUGAGUCUCCUUAUGCUGAUUCUUCAGUGGCCAUGUCUGCUUUUUUCCUCCCCCUGACUUACCCAAUAUUUUUUUGUUUUCAUUUGUAUGAGUUAUUUAUUUAUGACUCUCUUUAUUGUAUCAAGUAAUUGUUUGUACGAAGGUGUGCGUCUGUGACGCAUGUCCAAAGCGAAGGUCCCAUAAGAAGCCUUGUUGUUUCAUGACUGUCUGAUUCACUGUAAAUGGCAUGCCUCAGAUACUGUAUGGGAUUUUUUGUGCUUUUUUCCCAAGCAUACUGUUUUGUGGUUUUUGUCCAGACUGGGAAAUAUAAAUAACAAUAAAAAUAAAUAAAAAAAUAAAGAAAACAUAUACUGAUAACAAAAUACAUGGUAAAUGUAUGUUAUGGUUCCUCCUUUGAGCCUAAGUGUAAAUAGCCCAUGAGAAGUAAGAUCCAGUGUCUGUGUUGCCAUAGGAGACAUUGUAAGAUUAUUACUGUUUCUGAUUAGAAGCCAUUGGAGCUUUGUGUUUCACUUUAGCCAGCAGCCUGUGUUCGAUCUGAGGAGAAUGACCCAGGGACAAAAUACCCAUUGCUCUGGGAUGUGAAGUCCCUGACUGCUACUGCUAUGUUUAGUCAUACAUCUGUGCCAUUAUUGCUUUUCUUAUUAUUUGCUGUCAGUUAAAAUAAUUAUAUAUUGUGCUCAAUGCUAGUUAAUAUGUAGCAGCCUUGACGAUUGGAUUCUGUAGCCUUCAGGUUUAAAACAAUAAAGA